CGUAGUCCGCAAACGUGCGAGCAAAAGCCGUGACCAUGUACCGUCGACUGUGUGUUCCGUUUUAGUCGUGCUCAACGGCUCCACUGCUGCCUCUUCCUCCUGACGAUUGAAUGAACCGUUACUCUCUCUGCCAGCAACUUCCAUCAUGUUCGCCCUCAACGUUCUCCUAGUCCUUACUCUUGCCUUGGCCGAAGUUUUCUCUGCUCCGACCCAAACUCCUUUUCAAGUUCCUGCGACUAAACCGCGGCAGCUUCACGGACGCUUCCUCCAGAUCACAGAUAUUCACCCUGAUCCAUACUACAAAGCCCACAAAUCUCAAUCCAAAGCAUGUCAUAGGAACAAACCGAAGAAGAAGAAAAACAGAUCUAACUAUUAUGGAACACCAUAUUCGUUAACCAACUUCACACUCGACUUCCUUGACAAACACUGGGCGUCAGACAUUGACUUCGUUGUUUGGACGGGCGACAACGCAAGGCACGACAAUGACCGUAAACUUCCCCGAACUCCGAGUGAGAUAUACGAUCUCAACAGCGUGAUCGCCAAACGGAUGGAGGAAAUAUUUUCGAGCCGGGGUAUACCAGUCAUUCCUAGCCUAGGUAACAACGAUGUUUGGCCACAUAAUAUCCUGACUCCUGGUGAAUGUCGAUCCAUGGCCACCGCAUUUUUCAACUCAAACAUCGUCAUAGGUCCUAACAGCAUUACGAAUCAAUAUUCUUCGAUAUGGAAGCCAUUCAUACCGUUCCCUUACCACCAAGUAUUUCAACGAGGUGCAUACUAUUCGGUUGAGGUGGUGCCAAACGCCUUAGCGGUCAUUAGCUUGAACACCAUGUACUUUUACGAUUCUAACAAAGCCGUUGGUGGGUGCCUCACGAAAGAACCUGAUGAUCCCGGGAAUUUGCAGUUCGAUUGGCUGGAAGUUCAAUUGAAGCUGUACCGUGCUCGAAAUAUGCAGGUUUGGUUGACGGGACACGUCCCACCAUCUUCGGGCAACUUCUUUCCGGAAUGUUAUGUCCGCUACGUUGAUCUCUCCUUACGGUUUCAGGACACGAUCCUUGGCCACCUCUACGGACAUAUGAACGCGGAUCACUUCUUCUUCGUUGAAGCUAUCGACCUAGAAUUUGAUCUUGAUCGAGACUCCAGGGCGAUCUCGUUACAAAAUGGUGAUCUAUGCGACGCUCUGUUGGAGGACUUUUCGGCGCUUCCAAAACCGUCCCGGACCGACCUCGACAAUUAUGGGGUCAUCAAUGUUUCGCCGCCCGUUGUCCCGAAUCCGUAUCUGCCGACAUUUCGGAUUUUUUCUUAUAACGUUACGGGAUUUGAUGCCUCGGCCGUAGGAGUGCUCAAGAAGGAUCGGAAGCACAGUCAUCAUCGUGGAGAGCACGGGAACAAGGACGAGUUAUGCAAGGAAGAGCCCUAUCGAAGCAGCUGGAAAUGCCAGCUCAACUCGACCUGGCAUUCUGAUCCUGAUUCGCCAUCGAGGCGUAACCAAUUGUGGAGUCCGCUGGGCUACGCGCAGUAUUAUAUUCCGGAUCUUGCGGACGGGAACAAAACACAUAAGCCACAUUUCAAACUAGAAUACACGACCUAUUCUCCAUUAGAUCUGCAUCCCGCGACGACGGAAGAAGACGGGGAGUUUGUUUAUCCAAUCCCACUUGGAAAUUUGCCCAAAUCGCUGCGAAAGGGGCCGGUCGAGAAGAGCGAGUACACACCAUAUGGAAUGCGGGACUUGACUAUAGGGUCGUGGGUGGAAUUGGCACGGCGAUUGGCCAACGGGAAAGAGAACAAGUUACGAAAGCGGUUCCGGGAAUUUAUGUAUAUCGGAGGGGAAUAGCGGUAGACGGAUGGCAGUGAUACAAUGAUGUUUGAGGGCAUGAUAUUGGAUGAUUUGAGAUUCAUGAACCUGACUAGAAAUGAUGGGAAAGAUCGUGGGACAAAUUCGAAGAAUAUAAGGAAGGAGGUGGCAGUCU